GCGACUUCCAUUCCAUUCCCCGUUUGACUCUUCCACAUCAUCCACACACCAUGGCCGCCAAUAUCCAUAUCUCCCCCGACAUGGCUCGCCUUGCCAUCGACGACCACAGCCCAGAUAUCUUCACCAUCGUCUGUUUCAACGACAGCUUCCAGCUUGCCCUCGAUCACAGCACCAUCAGAACCCUCCUCCAAGUGUGCCAUCGAGCCCGUCCCCUCCUGAGCCCCAAACUGGCCAGCUUCCACACCUGGUGCCAGAAUGCAGGAAUAUGCUAUCCAGACGGACAGAUAACGAUCGGCCUCACACCCAGCGACCAGAUCGCCCUCUCGCUGCAUUGCAGGGGUCAAAGCACAGCCGAUCGAACCUGGAUCAUCGCUCAGGCAGCCCAAGGCAAUGCUGCAGCCUCGUUCUUCCUGGCCCGCAUCCUCCAAGUCGAUCUCGAUAGCGACCGCAUUGACAAAUCCGAGCAGAAACUCAAGCAACGACAGAUUUGCGACUCUCUGACACAAGCCGCCAACGCGGAUCACCUCAUGGCACAGUUCCAUCUGGCCGAGUGGUAUCAAGGCGUCGGGGUCGACCAGAAUGACACCAAGGCCGUCGAGCUAUAUCGCGAUAUUGCGGGUCGUGGGUUUGUACCGGCCCAAAUUGCCCUCGGUCGUUGCUACGAGGGCGGAGAAGGCGUCAAGCAGGACUUCAACAUGGCGAUCGAGUGGUAUUCCAGAGCUGCCGACCAGGGCAGCGACGACGGCCGGCUUCAUAUUGUAUUCCUCUGGGGUUGGUUUUCAUUCAUCGGCCACAGUGUCAGACAAUGUGAUGCCGAUGCCCUCAGGCACUGGCAGGAGGUCAGCAUCCAGUCCACCAAUCUAAACAUCAAGCCCAUCGCCACGCACAUGGUCGGGUGGAUGCACUAUCUCGGCCGGGGUACCGCCCAAGACAAACCGAAAGGGGUCAAGAUCAUUCGCGAGAACAAGUCGAAGGAAUUCCCGAUCGGGGAUCAAGAGACUUUGAUCGGAUGGAACUACUCAAAGGGGCUCCAGUUGUUCUUGAAAGCCGCCGACGCGGGCGAUUCGUAUGCCCAGCACAUGGCUGGCGUAUGCCUUCACUACGGAUUCGGAGCUGCCCAGAACCACAAAAAGGCAGUCAGGUGGCUCCUCAAGUCCGCCAAGCAGGGCAAUCCGCAAGGGCAACAAUUUCUCGGCUACUGCUAUAUGAACGGCUUGGGCUUCCUCCGGAGUGUCGCUCCAGAAAUCUGGUACGCCGCUGAACAUGCAAGCAAGCGUGGCAAUCUAGCGGGUGCCGCCGCAACCCUGGCCAUCCACUCGACAAAGUUCGUCAAGUGGAACCGCGUGUUCAGUAUUCGACAGGGAGUGCAAAUUCAUACGCUGAUGGGUCUUGCGACGGUGUUUUCGUGCUUUUUCUGCGUGUCAAACUUGGCACAGCUCUUCAGCCCAUGCGCAACCAACUGGACGUGCACGCAGUUCGGAAGCUUCCUCUUUGCCCUGGGCGAUUGCAUCGGCUCGGGUUCCAUCGGAUGGGCCUACGUCUUGAGGCUGAGAGUGAUGACGAUCAACAACAAGCCCACGUAUCCCUGGCUCUUCAUUUUUGGCAUCAUGCCGAUCGUCUACGGCGUCAACGACCUCUACUUCCUCCUCAUGAUCUAUGGGAUCACCUCGUGGGAAGUGUCGACGUACUAUCAGUUUGUCUUCAACAUGGCGCUCGAGGCCAACUUGAUCUGUUUGCACGGCCUGAUGAUGUACCGCCUCCACCAACUCAACAACUCGGUCAAGCUCUUCCAGCGCUCUGCAGGCGGGGCCAGUACCGCCAACGCCGCCAACGCCGCCAAUCGAAAGCCCAACCGUAACGCCGAAUUCCAGGGCGCUCAGCAGGAGGGCAAGGCCUUGAUUGCAGUCAUCGCGAUUGAGCUCGUGACUUAUCUUGCCUCCCUGGUCUUCUCCAUGAACGAUCCCACUCAAACAAUCGGAAAUGCUAUCGCGACGUUCAUUUGGGUCUUUGACAUCUAUCUGUUCUGCGUCGUCAACACUUUUAUCGCCAAGCUUCUCAAGUUUUCAUCUGGACGCUCAACCAGCGACUCGACCCACGUCGCUUCGGUCCAGGGCAGCAGCAUGGCCUGAGUCCACAUCGAGCGCGGAUGGUACAUACAUCAGGACUGGUCGUUUAAGGAAUCAACAUAGGAAGUGGAUGGGUUGCCUGCACGAUACAUGAUGGGGGGCCUCUUGGAAUGAACCGCCUCACAAUGAAGUGCAGCUGUUGACCGAGCCAGAGGGUGAUGGUGCAUGGAGUAUGCUUCUCGAUGGUGGACCCAUCCGUUCUCGC